AUGGGUUCCGAAGACAAGAAGCCCGUCAUCAUCGUCGGCGGCGGCCUGGCCGGGCUCGUGGCCGCCUUUGAGCUGGCCGAGCGCAAAGUGCCCGCCGUCAUCGUGGACCAGGAAAACGAAAACAGCCUGGGCGGGCAGGCGUUCUGGUCGCUGGGCGGCCUGUUCAUGGUCAAUUCCUUCUACCAGCGCCGCAUGGGCAUCAGCGACUCGCGCGAGCUGGCCAUGCGCGACUGGCUGGGGUCGGCGCAGUUUGACCGCAACGAGGACUACUGGCCGCGCCAGUGGGCAAAGGCCUUUGUCGACUUUGCCGCGGACGAGUUUGAGGACUACAUGCGCGCGCGCGGCCUGGGCUUCCUGUUCAACGUCGGCUGGGCCGAGCGAGGCAGCGGCUGUUCCGACGGCCACGGCAACUCGGUGCCGCGCUUCCACAUUGCCUGGGGCGCCGGGCCCGAGGUGGUCAAGGUCUUUGCGGACCCGGUCAAGAAGGCGGCCGACGAGGGCCUGAUUGAGUUCAAGUUUCGGCACCAGGUCGACGAGCUGGUUGUGGACGGCACGGGCAGGGCCGUGGGCGUCAAGGGCAGCGUCUUGGAGGAGGACAACUCGGCGCGAGGCGAAAAGACGAGUCGCAAUGUCGUCGACAGCUUUGAGCUCCACGGCGCCGCCGUCAUUGUCACCUCGGGCGGCAUUGGAGGCAACAUUGAGGCUGUCAAGAAGAAUUGGCCCGUGGACAGACUCGGACCCAAGAUUCCCGAGCAUUUUGUGAUUGGCGUGCCGGCUCACGUCGACGGCCGCAUGCUUCAAAUCGCCGAGAAUGUUGGGGCCAACCUCGUCAACCGGGACAGGAUGUGGCAUUAUACCGAGGGCUUGCACAACUGGAACGAGAUUUGGCCAGAGCACGGCAUCCGCAUCCUGCCGGGACCUUCGUCUCUCUGGCUUGAUGCCACUGGCAAGCGUUUUCCGCCAUACCUGUUCCCGGGAACUGACACGCUCGGCACAUUAAAGGCCAUUUGCGAGACGGGCUACGACUACAGCUGGUUCAUCCUGGACCAGUCCAUCAUUGCAUGCGAGUUUGCCCUUUCUGGCUCGGAGCAGAACCCAGACCUCACAGCCAAGAGCAUCUGGGAGGUGUUCAAGAACCGACUGUGGAGCAAAAAGGGGACCAUCAAUGUGCAGCAGUUCCAGGAGCACGGCAAGGACUUUGUCGUGCGCGAUAACCUCAAGGACCUGGUUGAUGGCAUGAACGAGCUGGCCAAGGCGCGAAACGGCCCCAUCCUCGACUUUGAAAAGGUCAAGGACGUUGUCGACGCUCGUGACGAUCAGUUCAACAACGCCUACUCAAAAGAUGCGCAGGCCAUGCUCAUCCAAAAUGCGAGAUCGUACUGGCCGGACAAGCGCAGCCGUGUUGCGAAGCCGCACCGCCUGACUGACCCUGCUCACGGCCCGUUGAUUGCCGUCCAACUGAACCUGCUGAGCCGCAAGACGCUUGGCGGCCUCGAGACCAACCUGAACAGCAACGUGAUGCGAAAGGACAUGACGCCGUUCCCGGGCCUGUACGCCGCGGGCGAGGUGGCGGGAUUUGGUGGUGGCGGUGUCCACGGCUACAACUCGCUCGAGGGCACGUUUCUGGGAGGCUGCAUCUUUUCAGGCCGCGCAGCUGGGCGCGGUGUAGCAGAUGAGCUGUCCGAGGUCGAGAAGGAGUAA